AUGGUUGAAGAUGUCGAGCUAGUGCAGUUUGCCGAUGAUUUCGGUAUAGCUCAACUAUACCUGGACCAUUUCCAAACUGAGGCGAACAAUCUAAACCUUAAAAUAAAUGCCCAAAAGACGAAGGCUAUUCUAUUCCAAGCGAACAACAAACAGCUAUCGCUCCAGAUUAAUGGACAAGAUGUGGAAACAGUCCGGUAUAUAAAGCAUCUGGGAGUCCACUUGGAUCGGACUCUAAGUUUUGGAAUACAUGUCAGGCAGUUAGGAGAAAUUCUACGAGACAGACAGAACAUGUUGAAGGUACUGUGUGGCAUUAAGAAUGGCAGUCACCCGCAAGUGACAAUACGAUUGUAUGAAGCAUUGAUUCGAAGCGUGGUGGAAUACGGAUGCACGGCACAUAACAACGCCUGCCAAACAAAUUUGAAGAAACUGGAGACGGUUAACAACCAAUGUCUACGAAAAGCGACUGGCCUAACUAGAACUACACCAUUGAACGUACUACACGCUGUCGGAGGGCAAGAUCCCAUCAAAGUGAGAUUAGAAUAUAUAACAGCAAGAGAAAUCGGCAGAACAAUGUCAAGAAACAACAUCAUUGCUGAACAACUGAAAACAUUGAAGGAUCGGAAUCGAGAGAGAGUAAGUGACGAUUCGCUCUCAUUCAUGGAAUUGGUGUAUUUGGAGCACCAAGAAAUCUUCGAUAGAAUAUCACCAGUGAGGAAGUUUACUGCAGCCCAGGAGAUAGGCAUAGAGUACACUUUAGAUGGAAUUAAAGCAGCAAAAAAGGACUUGAACUGCAGGGUCCUGAAGCAGUCCGCACUUGGUGCUAUGAAUGGGAAAUACCAAAAUAGAGGCAGGAUUUUUACGGAUGCAUCCAAAGAUGCGAACAAAUGUGCUAUCGGAGUCUACGUGGAAAAUACUGGACAACGGUUUAGCAUUACAUCAGCGGAAGUACUAGCGAUAUCCGAAGCAAUGCAGAUCAUCGAAAGGCAGCAAUUGCUCAAUUAUGUAGUCUACACCGAUUCCAAAUCAUCGUUAAUGAUAUUGGACAACGUCAUAGAAGAUAGAGAAGGAGAAUGUGUAAUUGUACAAAUACUAGAAACGGCACAGAGAUGGAAUACCAAAUUUCAGUGGAUCCCGUCACACGUGAACAUCGCAGGAAACGAAAUAGCGGACCGUCUGGCCAGGAACGGGUUAACUAGACCAUUCACGGUUAGUAGAAACCCAUGUUUGCUGAAAGAUGCACUGCAGUACCUAAAAAUACGUAAAGCUGAAGCAACAAAUACAUGGUACCAUGACUACUCACGGGACAAAGGACAAAAAUUUUACGCUGUAAUGAAAAAAUUUGAAUACUCACCAUGGUUCAAAGGAUUAAACACUAGUGGCAAAGGAAUACGACUCCUGAAUAGACUAAUCAGUGGUCAUGACUAUUCCAACUACUGGUUACGUAAAAUGAAGAUUGUCGAAGACCCGAACUGCGACAUGUGUGAUGAAGCAGAAAAUGGAGAGCACUUAGUACUACAUUGCCCAAAAUUUGGGAUGCUAAGAAGUGAAUACGACUUUGAUGGACGAUUUGGAAAUUUGACGGAGCUUUUCCGAAAUGCGAUAACAAACAAUGAUAAACUACUUGAACAAAUUGUGGACUUUUGCAACAAGGCCAAGCUUAAAUUGUGA